UUGUAUUUGCAAUCAGUUUUGUAUCAGCAGCAGCAUGAAGAGGCUGACAAUAUUGUUAGCAUUUGUGCUUUGCGCAGCCAAAGGGAUUAAAAACUCCCAGCAGUCAAUUGAUGAUUUAAAUUAUGCAAUUGAAAUCACAACUCGCUCUACGCAAUACUCACAACUGCCUGGACCUGUGAAGCUUGGCCGCACAGUGGGACGAACACGACAAACGCUGAUUCACCCGAGAAGCUUAUCCGAGCCCGAGUCGAGUGGUAAUAACACGGAAAUGUAUUGCUGCUUUUGGCUGUAUCCAGAUCAUCCAGCAUUACCCGACGAGUGGGAGCAUCGAGAUGAAUAUCCAUUCGAUUUCCACUUCAAUGGCAAAUUCUUGAAGAACGAACGCAACCAUAAGGAUGAGUAAACUAAUUGGCAGUGGAAACCCUAUAAAAUGGUGACUGUCUUAAUUGAGCCUAGAGGCACGUAGUUUUGCUUACACAUAAAAUUAUAAUUAACUUUGUCUGACCAAAAGACUUUGACCGAAAGUUGUCUUAAAGUUGUGCAGCAAAAUACACUGGACGAUGUUUUGCGCCUAAAAUCCUGACAGCAAG